UAGGGCAGGUUUCUCUGCAAAAGGAGAGAUUCCUGAAGAAAGUAAUAAAUGUGCACUUCAUAUAUUUGUCCUAGGGGUUCAAAAAAACCUGUAAUAACAUUUCCCCAUGCUGCUUGGUUCCUUCUUGCUCCACUUUUAAAAGUCAAGGUGUGCUUAAAUAAAGAACAACUUGUUUCUGUUAACUGGGGAACAAAUCUAAUUUCUUCUGGCCAGACGUGAAGACAGGAAGUAGAUUCCUUGAAAGGUGCCGCGCUCGCCAUUCGCCUUCUACCGACUCGCCGAGAUGCAGCCGCUCUGCAGCUUCUCCUUGGCCGCUUUUCUGCUGUUCCUGGUGGUUUGCAUGAGCCCGGGUGUUACAAGAGGAAACAAACUUAAGGUGAUGCUUCAAAAACGAGAAGCCCCAGUUCCAGCUAAGGGAGAAGUGUCUGUCAAAGAAGCUAAGGCCAAGGAGUUCUUAAGCAGCCUGAAACGCCAGAAACGCCAGCUUUGGGACAGGAGUCAACCUGAUGUACAGCAGUGGUACCAGCAGUUCCUUUACUUGGGCUUUGAUGAGGCUAAAUUUGAAGAUGAUGUCUCCUAUUGGUCAAACUUAGGACGCAGCGGCCAUGAAUAUUAUGGUGGCUAUUACCAACACCAUUAUGAUGAAGAUGCUCCUAUUGGCCCACGAAACCCACACACUUUCAGGCAUGGAGCCAGCGUCAACUAUGAUGAUUAUUAACCUUGAAUUGUCUUCUCUGAUUAAGAACAUCCUGAAGAACAAUAACGGCCUGUCUGUCCUUUACUGUCCCUCUUAUUCAAGUUUUAACUAGAUUGUUAAAUGCAAUGAGAACAAUGUACUUAUACUUUCUAAAUAUUCACUUAGUACUCAUAGCAUAGAUGUGUUAGAAUUACAGUUUUAUAAUAAACUAAACUAUUUCAUCAACUUAGUUAAAAAA